UUUACCUAAAAAAAGGAAAAUUUUUUUUCCUGUAUUCUGUGCCGCUGCCUUCGUCGUUCCCCGGCUUCUCCCAAGUGAGAGCCACCGUCUCUCAGUUUACUGGAAGAGCCAAAAGAGGAAUAAAAUUUCUGAUCCCGAGAGAAGGAGAAGAAGAAGGAUACAGGCCGGCGAGGGCAUAUUUUCUUCUUCAACGAGGCUUUCCUGUGUAAGAAAGAUUUGCUGCCGCCAUAUUGCUUUUGAUUCACCAACUGAAUGGAGCUAUCUGCAACUCCUAGUCUUCUGAAAUGCCCUUCAUCUCUGCUUCCUAAAUAUAGAGUUUGGAUUUUCCAGAGAACUCUUCCUCCCACUUCCGCACGUUUCCACCGCUCCAUCUAUUCAGUGAAUCACCGCCAUCUCAUCCGAAUGGAUCCUCUCAGAACUAUCUCCUCUUCUGCUUUAGCGGAACACAACAGUUCACCUAUGACAACUUCAACUAAUUCAGGAGCGAGAAUUGGAGAGGUAAAAAGGGUCACGAAGGAAACUAAUGUAUCAGUCAAAAUAAACCUGGAUGGUUCUGGGGUUGCUGACAGUACUACUGGAAUUCCCUUCCUUGAUCACAUGCUGGAUCAACUUGCUUCACAUGGGCUGUUUGAUGUGCAUGUGAGGGCAACUGGUGAUACUCAUAUUGAUGAUCAUCAUACGAAUGAAGAUGUGGCUCUUGCCAUUGGAACGGCCUUACUUCAGGCUCUUGGUGAUAGGAAAGGUAUAAACCGGUUUGGUGACUUCUCUGCUCCACUUGAUGAAGCACUAAUACAUGUUUCCCUGGAUCUAUCUGGUCGCCCUCAUCUUAGUUAUAAUUUGGACAUACCCACUCAGAGGGUUGGAACAUAUGACACUCAGUUGGUGGAGCAUUUUUUCCAGUCCUUAGUGAAUACUUCUGGGAUGACGCUUCACAUUCGGCAGCUUGCUGGAAAAAACUCCCAUCAUAUCAUUGAGGCCACCUUCAAAGCUUUUGCCAGGGCUCUCCGCCAAGCAACGGAGUAUGACCCCCGUCGACGUGGGACUGUGCCAAGUUCAAAAGGGGUUCUGUCUCGUACUUGACAGUUGACAUCUCUGGGGAAUAGGGAUGAUUGGAAUGAGCUGCCAAUAUUGAUGGUUCACCACAUUACUCGCUUUGCGGAAAUAGUUACCGUUGCCGGAGUUCGUGAACUAUGUAACUUAAGUGCUGGAAGGGGAAUGAUUUAUAGUAGCAGUAGUAUUCUAGCACAGUGUUGUUUAGUUGUUCAUACUUUUGAAGUAUUAGUAAUCGCUAGGACCUGACCUGUCAUUUUGUCAUUUGUUGACUUGUUUAGGAGAAACAAUCUUUGCUGGUAUGAGUUGAGUGCUUUGUGAACAACAUUGGCCUGUUGCCGAAGGGUUUAUACUGAGAACAAAAUUAUUCUAGUUCAGUUUCAUUUAUGUGUUUAUUUAUUUACUAUUA